AAAACACAUCAAUUUGAAGCCUUCUUUCAAAAGGAAAAACUCCUUUGAAGCCGCAACACAGAUACGAGCGUCUUCGUUUUCCGCACCGAUCUCUGAAAUACGCAUUUUAAGUUCCGGCUAAUCGAAAAAACCCCCAAAAUCAACACAAUCAUCCGAAUAUUUAGUUAGUUUAGAGAUGGAUAAUUCAAGUGAUUUUGAGCGUAUGCUCUUCUUCGAACACGCUCGCAAGGCUGCCGAAUCCUCCUAUAACGAAGAUCCCCUCGACGUUGAAAAUCUGACAAGGUGGGGAGGAGCUUUACUGGAGUUAUCGCAAUAUAAGAGCGUUGCGGAAGCUAAGAAAAUGCUCGACGAUGCAAUGUUGAAGUUUGACGAGGCGUUGAUGAUUGAUCCAAACAAACAUAAUGUUCUCUGGUGUAUGGGGAAUGCAAAUACGUCUUAUGCCUUUCUCACUCCAAAUACUGAUGAGGCCAAGCCUUAUUUUGAAAAGGCUGUUGACUACUUCUCUCAAGCAGUUGAUGCGGAUGGGACGAAUGAACUCUAUCGCAAAUCUUUGGAAGUAGCAUUCAAGGCUCCUGAAUUGCACAAGCAGGUCCAUAAGGAGGGUGGUUUGGCUGAACGAGCAGUUUUGGGGGAAGGGCCUUCUACUUCUACCAGUGCUAAGAGUGAAAAUCCAAAGAGCAGCGGUGAUCUCAAGUAUGACAUAUUGGGAUGGGUGAUCCUCGCUGUUGCAAUAGUAGCAUGGAUGGGGCAUGCAAAAUCUAUUAUGCCUCCUCCUCCUCCAAGAUGAAUUAAAUCUUAGCGACCGUCAUUAUCUUUGAAUGGAGGUUACUUUAAAUGUCCCCCUGUUUAGCAGAUGUUGAUCGAGAAUUGUCAUUCGUUAGUUAACUUUAGAGCUAGAGAAUCCCCAAACGAAAAGAAAAUGCCAAUGUUAACUGAUUGAAAAGUUUUGUUUGUUUCUAUCCAGUUCUCAUUUUCUAGUAAAUUACAGCGGGAGAAGCUAUAAGAUAUGCUUCGUAUCUGA